AUGCUGCCUCUCCUGCAGGUCGCCCUCUUUCUUCUCCCCUGCUGCUUCUCAGCAGGAGGAGGCAGCACCCUCAGUGAAGGCCUGUGGCUGCUGAAGACUGAGUUUGCCCUCCACCUCUACCGGAGUGCAGCAGCAGAGAGAAACGGAACAAACUUCGUCAUCUCACCUGCCAGUGUGUCCCUCUCCCUGGAGAUCCUGCAGUUUGGAGCCAGGGGCAACACUGGCUGGCAGCUGGCAGGGGCCCUAGGAUAUACUGUGCAAGAUCCAAGAGUGAGAGAAUUCCUGCACACUGUUUAUACCACACUGCACAACUCUAGUCAAGACACCAGGAUGGAGCUGGCCUGCACCCUGUUCAUGCAAACCGGAACAUCCCUGUCUCCCUGCUUUGUGCAGCAGGUCUCCUGGUGGGCCAACAGCAGUCUGGAGCCAGCUGACCUCAGUGAGCCUAACAGCACCACCAUGGAGGCCUCCAAGGUCACGUCCAGACAGAGCACAGGUGAAGGCCCAGGUAGCCCGUGGGGACGGGCCAGUGCCCUGUCUACUCAGCUGUCCAUCAUGAGCACCAUGACCUUCCAAAGUACCUGGCAGAAGAGAUUCUCCUCUGUGACCUUGAAGUCCCUGCCUUUCACACGCGCUCAUGGUCUUGUACUUCAAGUCCCAGCAAUGCACCAGGUGGCAGAGGUCAGCUAUGGCCAGUUCCAGGAUGCUGCAGGCCAUGAGGUAGAUGUUCUAGAGCUGUUGUACCUGGGAAGGGUGGCCAGUUUGCUGCUGGUGCUUCCCCGAGACAGGGGCACUCCUCUGGACCACAUCGAACCACACCUCACAGCCAGAGUCAUCCACCUCUGGACCACAAGGCUGAAGAGAGUCAGGAUGGAUGUGUUUCUCCCCAGGUUUAGGAUCCAAAAUCAGUUUGACUUAAAAAACAUUUUAAGAUCGUGGGGUAUCACUGAUCUUUUUGACCCACUCAAAGCUAACUUGAAAGGAAUUUCAGGCCAAGAUGGCUUUUAUGUUUCUGAAGUAACCCACAAGGCCAAGAUGGAACUUUCAGAGGAGGGUACCAGGUCAUCUGCAGCCACAGCUGUGCUGCUGCUGAGGAGGUCUCGAACCCCUGCUUUUAAAGCAGAUCGACCCUUCAUCUUUCUUCUGAGAGAACAUAGCACAGGGUUUGUCUUCAGUAUUGGAAGAGUUUCAAAUCCCCUUGACUAA